AUUGAUCAUUUGCGGUUUGCUUGUAUGCUCUAGAUUGGUGUUUUUGUAUGAUUAAUUUGUAUGAGAAAAUUGAUGAUAAACUUUUAUUUUGAAAAAAACUUGUUAUUGUAAAUUUUUUACCACAAAAACCCACGGGUAUCCAUGAACCCAUGGAUACCCAGCGGGUUGGGUUGGGUUUGAGUUUUUCAAACCCAACGGGUUUUACCCCGGAUUUUUUUGACGGAUAAACCCAUGGGUUUGGGUUUGGGUUUGACAAAACCCGCCCCAACCCGACCCAUUGCCAUCCCUACUUCCUCCGCCAACCUCAAUUGCUCCAUUCCCUCCGCAACAACCACAAAGCUCCCGCAGCAAAAAUCCACAAUGAGCGCGCAGUGCCACACCCACAGUCGCAAGCUUCCACACCUCCACCUGCAACGCAAUCCCACAGGAUGACACCAAAGGUGGCCGAGGGCAUCGAUAUGGUGACACUAGUUUCCGCGAUCAAGACCGCCGUGGUGGACGAACUCAAGACUGCUAUGAUUGUCGAGAUCAAGGUCGUCGUGGGUUCAGAGAUCAAAUCCAUGCUUGCAAAAAUCCUGACCAACAACCAUCAACAAAAGGAGGAGGUGGCCGUGAUACGCCAACGACUCGAUCAUUUGGAGGGACGGGUCAAGCAAAUGGAGCAAAGAUUGCCAAAAAUUCCUGUUGCAGCACCAACUCACCUGGCAGAGACGGUGAAGACAAUGGAGACGCUGGUACAGCUUGCUGCCCGCACUGCUCUUCAUGAUGAUGGCAGCAGCAACCCCCUUUUCCAUGGUGAACAGCGGCACCAAAACUUACCAAGCAAGCCACCCCAAGUGGCACCCAUUCGGUCGGGCUUGGGUAAUGGUCUCUCCGAGUCUUCCAAUUCUCCGACCAACCAAGCAACAAGUUAUGGGUCCAUCCAUUGGUCCGAAACAGUCCCGUUUGUCCGACCAAACUCUAGCCGACUGUGGUUCGACCAAAUUAAUCAACGGGAGUCGCAUCACGAUUCAACAAGGCGAACACAACAAGCUAAUUAUCAUGUCUACCAUGGCCGCACGACGGCGUUGUUAAAGGUAGGACAGGUGUAUAGCGUGAAAUAGAGCUAGAAUGAUUCAUAUGAAGAUGAACGGGAGUUUGAUGAGGACGGGUACUGGCCUCCGCCAAGGCACUCCGACGGUCGCCACCCUCCGCCAAUCAAGACAGCUUCACGACGAUUCAGCCGCGAUGACGGGACCGGGUUCAUCGGCUGCUCGAGUUAUAGAGACAAAGAUGGGCCUGACUGUCAUACUCCUUUGGGAUCCAUAUAUCGAUCGGAUUAGUAGCAUUAUUUUAUUUGGUCAACCUUGAGGGCAAGGUUGGUCUCAAGGGGGAGGGAUGAUAGAUACCAACUUUCGUUCGGUUUCUAUAAUUAUUAUUAUAUUAGGAUAAUUAUUCUUUUAGUCGUAUUAGGUGAAUUGUUAGGGUUUUCUAGUUCUUUUCCUAUAUAUGUACGUUGUUGCUCGUCUAUUGAAUUAAGUAGAAAAUAAUAAGAAAGAUUAUCU